AGAGAGGCGGGGCUGGCAGGGACUGAGGUGGAUCGGGGAUAAAUGCCCAGCCUGAGAGGGGGUGAACUGACACUGUCCCGGCUGCCACGUAGACUCGAAGCUCACCCCAAGCCCCCAGCGAAGACAUCCCAGGUCUGGUGAAUUUUCCAGCCCCAGGGGCUGGGGAUGGUAAAGGGUGAGGGUAGUGCUGGCUUGAAGAAAGUGCGGGACAUUUCUGAUUUCUUUCCACCUGGGACUGGGGAAACUUGAGAAAGACUAGAGGGGCUGGAGGAAGCAGGAUGGGACACGCUCUGGGAGCACUCAAAGACACAGGGAAACAAGGCUGGGAGGAGAGGCAGGCAGGGGUGGGUAGGGAGGAUAGAUAGAGCUGGAGCCAUUUGGGGAGUUUGGGGUUCCGUGAGGAUUUGGACAAGAUUGGAGAGCAGAAAAAGGACAGCCUGAAUAGCUGGAGAAGAUUUGAGGGCUAGGAGGCCAUGGAAAAUAGAUUGCUUGACUGGAAUAAGUGGAAGGAGAAGGCCUAAGUGUAGGUCUGGGGGAAACGGAGGUUCGCGGACUGGACUGGUAGAAUCCAAGGAGUUACAAAGGAGAGGACCCCUAGAAAAGUCGGGGAGGGGGUUAAGAUGGGUUCUAACCUCCUAGUUAGGUCUUUCACUAUCUUAGGAUGGGAGUGCAAUAGGAAAGGCUCUGAGUGGGGGAGGGGGCUACUCCUCCCUCUUUGGUCUGUGACCUUUUUGUGGGAUAUUUUUAGCUCCAGCACCUGCCUUCUUGGGGUGGGGAAGACUCUUAAAGGGCAAGGGAUUUCUGGUUCCUUGAGGGAUCAACUGUCCACACUCACUCCCACCUCUUGUCCAGCAGCCAUGGCCAUGCAGAAAAUCUUUGCCCGGGAAAUCCUGGACUCCAGGGGCAACCCCACGGUAGAGGUGGACCUGCACACAGCCAAGGGCCGAUUCCGAGCAGCUGUGCCCAGUGGAGCUUCCACGGGGAUCUAUGAAGCUCUGGAACUAAGAGAUGGAGACAAAUCACGCUACCUGGGGAAAGGGGUCCUGAAGGCUGUGGAACACAUUAACAAGACUCUAGGCCCUGCUCUGCUGGAAAAGAAACUAAGUGUUGUGGAUCAAGAAAAAGUUGACAAAUUUAUGAUUGAGCUGGAUGGGACCGAGAAUAAGUCCAAGUUUGGGGCCAAUGCCAUCCUGGGUGUGUCCCUGGCGGUGUGCAAGGCUGGAGCUGCCGAGAAGGGGGUUCCGCUCUACCGCCACAUCGCAGACCUCGCUGGGAACCCAGACCUCAUUCUCCCAGUGCCUGCCUUCAAUGUGAUCAAUGGGGGCUCCCAUGCUGGAAACAAGCUAGCCAUGCAGGAGUUCAUGAUUCUGCCCGUGGGAGCCAGCUCCUUCAAGGAAGCCAUGCGCAUUGGUGCAGAGGUCUACCACCACCUCAAGGGCGUCAUCAAGGCCAAGUAUGGGAAGGAUGCCACCAAUGUGGGUGACGAGGGUGGCUUCGCACCCAACAUCCUGGAGAACAAUGAGGCCCUGGAGCUCCUGAAGACAGCCAUCCAGGCAGCUGGAUACCCAGACAAGGUGGUGAUUGGCAUGGAUGUGGCGGCUUCGGAGUUCUAUCGCAAUGGAAAGUAUGAUCUUGACUUCAAGUCGCCCGAUGACCCCGCACGGCAUAUUACUGGGGAGAAGCUGGGGGAGCUGUACAAGAGCUUCAUCAAGAACUAUCCUGUGGUCUCCAUUGAGGACCCCUUUGACCAGGACGACUGGGCCACCUGGACCUCAUUCCUUGCGGGGGUCAACAUCCAGAUCGUGGGGGAUGACCUCACAGUCACCAACCCCAAGAGAAUUGCCCAGGCUGUUGAGAAGAAGGCCUGUAACUGCCUGUUGUUGAAGGUCAACCAGAUUGGCUCAGUGACUGAGUCCAUUCAGGCCUGCAAACUGGCUCAGUCUAACGGCUGGGGGGUGAUGGUGAGCCACCGCUCCGGGGAGACUGAAGACACGUUCAUUGCUGACCUCGUGGUGGGGCUUUGCACAGGACAGAUCAAGACGGGUGCCCCCUGCCGCUCAGAACGUCUGGCCAAGUACAACCAGCUUAUGAGGAUCGAAGAAGCUCUUGGGAACAAGGCUAUCUUUGCUGGACGCAAGUUCCGUAACCCAAAGGCCAAGUGAGAAGCUGGAGACGCCAGGCCCCCACCGGACAGACACAGGUCUUGGAGUAUUUCCCCCUGAAAUAAACACUGCUGCCAACCAA